CUAUGGCCUGUACAACAUGGUAGGGAAUGCAUGGGAGUGGACAUCUGACUGGUGGACUGUACACCACACCACAGAUGAACGGCACAACCCGGCAGGUCCACCAUCAGGCACAGACCGAGUGAAGAAAGGAGGCUCCUACAUGUGCCAUAAGUCAUACUGUUACAGGUACAGGUGUGCAGCACGGAGUCAGAACACCCCUGACAGCUCUGCAUCUAACCUAGGGUUCCGCUGUGUCUCCCAGGAGCAGCCGUAACCUUUCACCCUUGACCCUGACAUGGGUAGUCUGACUUUUCCUUUUUUGUACCAUUCCCCAUUGGCUCUCGUCUAGGGUACUAACUCUGCCUACCUUGCCCGCCAGGCGAAACAAAUCGAGUGCACCUCUUCAUACAGCCAGUGAUGUCAGUGUUGUUCAUGAAAUGCAGGAUUACCGCGUGACAUGUGGAGAUUUAUGGAAUAUAUUUUCUUGUAAAAUAUUUAAAAAAUGUCUACGUGAAUGAAUAAAUAUUCAAAAGGAA